UCUCUCUCUCUCUCUCUCGUUAAUCUCUCUUUCUUUCUCUCUCUUUCUCUUUCUCUGUUCUCUCUGUCUCCUACCCUCACCAUCAUCCUACAAACCGCAGCGUGCCCCUGCUGUGAACCCCACCAACGCCAACAGCAGCGUGCCCCUACUCUCAAAUCGUGUUCUCCCCUGCUCUCAACCCCUCAUUCUCCACCUUAAUCACAAGCACACACUCUGCAGCGCACCAAUUUCAGUCCGAAGAGGAGUGUACGGCAUUGGGUUCUUCUUUUCUCAUUCUGACGGAGACUAACUCGGCGAAUACGACGUCGUUUGCUUCGUCGUCCUCACCAUCGUCAAGCACAGACUCUUCGACGACAACAACAACAACAGUGAGGAAGACGAGGACCACUGCCUAAACGAACACCACCGUUGUUCUUCGUGGCAUGAAUCGGUCCGAAGCUCCUCCUCCAUUUUCAGUCAGAACCCUCGAAGGAUUGAACUAACACAAUAAAGAGGAAACGGCGGCUGUUCCUAACUCAUGGACUCCGACUCACCCAACCGUAGCAGCGCGUUAACGGGCACGCGCUUCUCCGAUCUCAACCCUUCACUCUCUGACCCGGUCCUACAAACCCUAACCCAAGCUGGCUUCGAGUUCUGUACGCCGGUCCAAGCCGCCACCAUCCCCUUACUAUGCAGCUACAAAGACGUGGCCGUAGACGCCGCCACCGGCUCAGGUAAAACCCUAGCCUUCGUGGUCCCACUCGUCGAGAUCCUCGGCAGAACCAAAACUCAUCCUAAACCCCGCCAGGUAAUGGGGAUAAUUAUCUCGCCCACCAGGGAGUUAUCGUCGCAGAUAUAUGAUGUUGCGGAGCCUUUCGUUUCGACACUACCAAAUUUUAAGUCUGUGUUACUCGUUGGGGGAGUGGAAGUGAAAGCUGACCUGAAGAAAAUAGAAGAGGGAGGAGCUAAUUUAUUGGUCGGCACUCCGGGCAGAAUAUACGACAUAAUGGAACGCGUCGACGGCUUGGACUUUAGGAACCUCGAGAUUCUGAUUUUGGAUGAGGCUGACAGGCUAUUGGAUAUGGGGUUCCAGAAACAGAUUAAUUCCAUUAUAUCUCGUUUACCAAAGCUUCGUAGAACUGGUCUUUUUUCAGCUACUCAAACCGAGGCGGUUGAAGAGCUAUCUAAAGCAGGGCUGAGGAAUCCUGUAAAGGUUGAAGUUAGGGCAGAAACAAAGCUGGUGAAUGGUCCUUUAUCAUCAGGACAACUUAACUUUUCGAAAACACCUUCAGGCCUUCACAACGCGUACAUGGAAUGUGAAGCAGAUAAGAAACCAUCCCAGCUUGUUGAUCUUCUUAUCAACUACAAGUCAAAAAAAAUUAUAAUAUAUUACAUGACUUGUGCUUGUGUUGAUUACUGGGGAGUCGUUCUUCCACGCCUUUCUGUUUUGAAGGGGUUCUCUUUGAUCCCAUUGCAUGGGCAGAUGAAGCAGACUAUGAGGGAAAAGGCAUUAGCUUCAUUUAAAGCCCUUUCAAGUGGUAUUCUUUUAUGUACCGAUCUCGCAGCACGUGGACUUGACAUUCCAGAUGUUGAUUGUAUCCUGCAGUAUGAUCCUCCUCAAAAUCCAGAUGUUUUCAUACACAGAGUUGGCCGAACUGCCCGGAUGGGUAGACUAGGAAAUGCCAUUGUUUUUCUUUUGCCAAAGGAGGAAGCUUAUGUAGAAUUCCUACAUAUAAAAAGGGUUUCUCUUGUGGAGAGGAAAUGCUCAGAUGAGGCUCCUGAAGUUGUUCCUCAGAUCCAGUCUGCAGCCAAAAAGGACCGUGAUGUCAUGGAGAAAGGAGUCAGGGCAUUUGUUUCAUACAUUCGUGCAUAUAAGGAGCAUCACUGCUCUUAUAUUUUCAGGUGGAAAGAGCUUGAAAUUGGGAAAUUGGCCAUGGGCUAUGGCCUAUUACAGCUCCCUUCAAUGCCUGAAGUAAAGCACCACUCACUUUCAACCGAGGGCUUCACUCCAGCUGAAAACAUCAAUUUGCAGGAGAUCAAAUAUAAAGAUAAAUCUCGUGAGAAACAAAGAAAGAAGAAUCUGCUAGCAAAGAAAGAAGCACAACAGCGAGAACCAAAACCCGAUAAGCCCAAGAAAACCACAAAGCCUGCAGCUACCAUAAUGAGGAAGAAAACAGCUAAACAGAGACGUGCUGCCCAGACAAUUGAAGAUGAAGAUGAUUUGGCACGAGAAUACCGCCUGCUGAAAAGGCUUAAGAGGGGAGCCAUUGAUGAAGGUGAAUUUGCUAGGUUAACAGGAACUGACGAGUUACUUUGAAGUGCGUGAUGAUUGUUCCUGUUUCGGGCAUGAAAAGAUUCGGCAAGGCCUCGAGGAAAAUAGGCAAGGCCUCGAGGAAAAUAGGUUUCAGUGUCGAAACAGUUAUUUUGCUUAGAUGUCAUGCUUUCAAGUAUUUUUAUGUAUUUUUUUUUUUGGGCUUAGAUGUCAUGCUUUUAAGUAUCGUUGGUCUUGUUUAAUCGGACGUAGAGAUUGUAGCAUGCAUGAAUCGAGAAUUGUAGGGGAGUAGGAGUAAUGAUACUCGCACGGAUAAAACAAAGGUACAUAUAUACACACGAGCUGAUAUCAUAAUGAGCAGUACACAUUUCAUUUUCUAAA